CUGCAGGCAGGCGGCGGCGGCAGCGGCGGCGCGGUCACUGCAGGGACAGCCAGGCAGCCGCUCAGGGAACCCGCGCCCCGCCUGCGCCUCCGCGGCGCGGCCCGCGAGCUGUAGCGGCGGGGGCGGGCGGCACCCUGAUCCGAGGGCCCCCGGGACGCGCGAGGGUUGAGGGGCAAGGCCCCGGCAGCCGCAGUGAGGCGGGCCUGGGGCGGGCGGCGCGGCCGCAGACAAAAGCCCGGGCCCGGGGAGUGAUGCCCGGCGCGCACGGGGACCGCGGCCACUGAGCGCUCGGCCGGGCACCCCGGGCACCCCGGGCACCCGGGGCCGGAGGGGGCGCGCCCGGCCCCCGAGCGCCCCCCGCCGCAGCCGCAGAGCCCCGCAGCCAUGGGCAACAUCUCCGCCAACAUCUCGGCCUUCCAGUCUCUGCACAUCGUGAUGCUGGGCCUGGACUCGGCCGGCAAGACCACGGUGCUCUACCGGCUCAAGUUCAACGAGUUCGUCAACACCGUACCCACCAUCGGCUUCAACACCGAAAAGAUCAAGCUGAGCAACGGCACGGCCAAGGGCAUCAGCUGCCACUUCUGGGACGUGGGCGGCCAGGAGAAGCUGCGGCCGCUCUGGAAGUCCUACAGCCGCUGUACCGACGGCAUCAUCUACGUGGUGGACUCGGUGGACGUGGACCGGCUGGAGGAGGCCAAGACGGAGCUGCACAAGGUGACCAAGUUCGCCGAGAACCAGGGCACGCCGCUGCUGGUCAUCGCCAACAAGCAGGACCUGCCCAAGUCGCUGCCCGUGGCCGAGAUCGAGAAGCAGCUGGCGCUGCACGAGCUCAUCCCGGCCACCACCUACCACGUCCAGCCGGCCUGCGCCAUCAUCGGCGAGGGCCUCACCGAAGGCAUGGACAAGCUCUACGAGAUGAUCCUCAAACGCAGGAAGUCCCUCAAGCAGAAGAAGAAGCGGUAAUGACCCCCCCCCCCCAGCACACCCCUCCUGCAGCCCCCACCCCGCGCCCAGUCCGCACCCUUCCCGGCCAUCGCGGUGCGGGCAGCAGCGCCAGCCAGCAGCCCCGAAUGGAUGGACAGACAGAGGGAGCGAACCAGCCAGGACCCACGCCCGGCGAACAAAGACAGCGAACCAAAGCGAUGCUUCUCCCGCAUUAUCGAGGGGGGGGUUCUAUCUGAAACACUUCACCUGGGGGUGCCUGCUCUGUCCACACCUCUCGCCCCCCCCCCACCCCGCCCAGCCCAGCCCGAGGGACCUUUUGUCUGCACGCCACUGCGGCAGGAGCCACUGAUGGGUUGCGCCCCCCUCCACACCCAAGGUAGUGGGGUCCUGCUGUCGGCCAGCCCUCCCUCCGGGCCCAGGGAAUUGUUGUCAGAGACAAAAGCGAGAUGAAUUCCUCCCAGCUCUGGCCAGGCCACAGGUUGGGCUGCCCCGCCCUCUGGAGACUGGGGUGUGAGUGAAUCCAGGUAUGCUCAGCCCCCACCGGGGGAUACCCGUCCUUGGAACCUGCAGGCACGGGAGGAACCCGGGGAGUCCCCCCUCCCCUCGGCUACAGAAGCUGGCUGGCUUCACGUCCCAGGGCAGGCCCCUGUGGAGAUUUCAUUUGUCCUGCUCGAAGGGACCCAGUGGACAUGGCGGUGGCCUGGGUGAAACCAAGGUGCUGCCCUCGGUGAGCCUGGGACGGUGCUGACCAAAGCUCUGGCUGGCCGGGGGUUGGGGCAGAAACAACCCUUUCCUUCUGCUUUGUGGUGGCUGAGGAAGACUGGUUUGGUGGAGAACUGCUUUUUCCAGCCUGGAAACAAGACAUCUUCCAGAUGCUCAGGGCUCUGUCCAUGUAUAAGGUCACAUCACACAAAGAGACCAAUAAAAAUUGGGGAAAGAAAAAAAAGAAAAAAAAAAACCAACAACGGUUGGAGGUGGUGGCAGAAUGAUGAAUUCACUGUUUGCAGGGAUGUUAAGGUGUUUCAAGGGUAAGGUUCCAGGCGUGGAUAUGCCAGAGAGGUGUGUGUGUGUGUGUGUGUGUGUGUGUAUUCUGGGCUCCCCUCUUCCUCCUUCCUAACCCUCCUCCCUGGUGCAAUGGGCAAAAUACCCAGUCCCAUCUUAAAUUCUCUUAGCCUGCUGAUUGGCUUACGGGAGGUGCACUAGCUGAAGUGUGCUGAAUUGCAAGAUUCUCUCUCUCUCUCUCUCUCUCUCUCUGCAAGGGAUGCCUCUUGCAAUACAAACCACUGAAUGGUGAGAUUGGGUUCUUUAAAAAAAUGCCUUUAACAAAUGAACACUCACCUUAGACAUAUUCACCUGGGGGCAGGGGGAGUGGUGCAGGGGAGAAUGGCUUUGUCCUUUGAAUACCCCUUUGACCCAGCAAGUGGCGACACACUCAAAUUUCAGAGAUUGAGUCCUUGGGGCCCCAUGCCGUGGGGCUUUCUGUGUUUCAUUGACAGUGCCUCCCUUAAAGGAUUGGAUGCCAUGGCCUAAAGAAAUGACAAAACCCCUAGCUUGUGGACCAGGCCACAUGGGUUUCAGAGAGAAGGGAAGAAGGAGAUGAUGGGGGUGGGGAGGUGAGGGGUGGACUCUCUCCCAUUCAUGCUUAUGGGGACAGGCCUGCCAAGCCCAGCAGACAAUGAGCAUUUGGAGAGGGGGAGAGAAGCAGUGACGUCAUGCUCACCUGUGCCCGGGAGCUUCACAUGUUGCUUGAAAGAGGCUUGAGAGAGAGAGAGAGGCAACAUUGGGAGCUAGAGAAAGUGGAAGGAGGAGAAAUGCAUAUUUUUCAUAAUGUAAUUGCAAAGAUCCUUUAUAGUCAGGACGGAGUCUUGGUUGGCAAGAGCUGUCAUUUAUCCCCAAGCACAGUAUCAAAAAAAAAAAAGGGAAACUUCCCCUUUGUGUCUUAUUAUGUUAACCCGCCUCCACUUCUGUGAAUUCAUAUCUGCUGGUCGACUCUGGUCCCCUCCCCACCCUACUUCCACCCCCACACACACUGAUAGAAAUUUCUUGACCAAGGAGGUCUGUGGACACUGGGCUGGCAAGUCAAAAUCCCAGGCCUCUGGGAAAUGUCAGUCAGACAGUGGAUUUGUAAACUGGAGCUAGAAGCUUCCUGCUUGAAACCUCUUACAGGACAUAUUGAGAAACCUAGCAGUGGCUAGUUCCUCCCCCCCCCACCACCACACACACUUUUUUUUUUAACGUUGUAUCUGGCCUUUUUGUAGAAACUCAGUAGAGAAACAAGCACUCAGCAGUGCCCAAAAGCCUGCCAGGUGACAGUUAACCCAUCUGCGGCAGAUCCACUGAUUUCAACACGGGCUGGUCCCGUCACCUGCAUAAAGUGUUAUCGACAGCAGUAACAACAACAACAAAACCCAUGUUCCUUUAUUAUUUUUUAUACAAGGCAAUUUCUUAAGCACUUUGACAUUUUGGUAGUGCCACCCUCUUGAGAGGAGAGGAUACUGACUUUGUGACAUUGCAGAUGCCAAAACACUGUCACCAGGCUUCUCAUGCUGAUAAAGACGUAGGUUCAAGAUCACUGUCCCGGUUUUUUUUUUUUUUUUUUUUGGUCAUUGUGUUUUCGUUUGCAUUAUCAGUACUUAAUGGUGUGUUUCCUUGUUUGUAGUGUGGUAAAGUAGAACUCUGUGGUGUAUCGAUUAAUGGUUCUGAGAGUCUUGGUUGAAUUCUGUAAUGUUUGACCUAGUGACGCCCUAUUUUGUCUAACCAAAGAGAGGAAGCCACCACUGCUGUCACCUUGGGAUGGUUAUUUGGGGACAAGGGAGUCCCCUCCAGCCCUUACUCGUGCUUUAUUUUGUCUCCUGCCCUUUGGAGAACUAGUGAUGGUUGCACUAGGGAGGUUGGCUCUGUCACGUGAGCUUCUGUGAGACACCCCCCACCCCCCACCCCGUGCACACACCCCUUACACACGAAGCCCAGUUUGGUCCAGAACAAUUCACAGAUUCUCAGUUGUGGUGUUGGGACAAUGUCCCUGGUUUCUGUUUCUGUUUUUCCUGCUGUGAUUCUCUUGUCCUUCUCAUCCUUCACCCUCCUCUCCGAGUUCUGUUCCCUUUUCUAAUGCAUCUGAUGCUGUGAACAGGAAUAAAUUAUUUAUACAAUCAAA